AUGCUGCAGAUGUGUGACUACGGUGACCGAGUUCUUGAACUAAAAAGUUCGAUGCCACCACCUAAAGACUGUGCCUGGAGACCAAGCAAGGAGUCAACCGCCCAACCACAGGAGGAACAAAGAAAGAGAGAGAGGGAGUGAGGACUCUACGCCAAGUUUGACAAGCGACGAUCUGGGGAGCUCGAAUCUUUGCCUGGUCGAACACCCAGGCCUGAAGACAUCUCAGGUUGGUGGAAGGUUUAUUUGCAGAGAAUGCAGACCUCUAUUCAGAUUUUCUAAGCACAAAACUGCUUGUGCUCAUCUGCAAAAAUGGAAAAAGCUAGUAAUAACAAUCAGGAGGGACAUUAUGUGGCUUACAUGCCUCAGAGCCAUGAGACGAUUUGUUGGGGUUGUGGUUUACGUCUUAUGCUUCCAUCCUUUUCUCCUGUGUUCAAGUGUGGAUGGUGUGGAGCUAUCACAAACCAAAACCCAUUGAAACAUGACAGUCGUUGUUGUUCUUUCUGGAGAAGAGUGCGGGACCGGUCAUUUCUCACUAUUCUUAUUGUGUUCAUGCUAUUAAUUAUAUGUGGUGGCGUGUGGGCUUCAUUUCCAUUUGUAUUCUCCUUGGGAUAUAUAUGGGCAGCUUUCCAUUCUUUGUCAACAGUAUUUUUUGCAACCGGCACCAUGUAUAGCUUCAUCUUGGUAGCAUUUCGUCAUGCCGGGGAACAGCCAUCUGUCUUGUAUGGCAGUUAUGAAGUUGUCAGGAAAGACGGACUGGACAAUUAUAGAUUUUGUCAUUACUGUGAAAAACCGAAGUCACCUCAGACACAUCAUUGUAGGUCUUGUAAAACAUGUAUUUUGGACAUGGACCAUCACUGCCCAUUUAUUGGCAAUUGUGUAGGAGCAGGAAAUCACCGUCUCUUUGUUACAUUUCUUGUUUUUGCUGUUAUAAGCAACUUCUAUGCCUUUCUGAUGUCUAUCUAUGUUGGUUGGCAUGUUUGGCCACCACUAGUGUAUGAUCCAGGGUAUUCCUUGGAAGAAUUAAGCAAAUCUUCUGUUGGAAGAUUUUCAGCCGAAAUUUUACAUGCUUUAGCAAACACGGCAUUUCUCUUGUCAGCUCGAGGCAUAGUUUUAAUUUAUUUGUGCAUAGCAAGUGUGUCAGUUGAAGUGGGCAUUGGAUUAUUGCUGUGGCAGCAACUCCAGUUCAUAUAUGAGGGGAAGACAUACUUGGAUCACCUAAGUUCAAGGGAUGGUGAAGUUGGUGAAAGUGGGUGGCACAACAUCUCUGUGUUCUUCGGUUGCCCAUACCCAAUUUCAGCUUUGCGACUUAGUUCAUCACAUACUGGGAAGAGCCAUAAAAAAUAAGGAACUGUUUUCUAAACGGUUUUGAGGUUAUGUAGUGAUUAGUCGCCUUCUUGGAGCUGCUUGUGCCAUCUAUUUGAUAGGACACCGUUUCUGAAGGACUACCUGGAAGAACAGUUGAAACUAUAUGCAAAAUUUUUUCGUUCAGCCAAAAACUGGUGCUGAUGUAUUAGGCAAUGAAUUUUCAGUUGGAAAGCAGAUGGGAUUAAAGCAACUCUCAUGGAUUACUUUGGAGGUACAUGUAGCUCUCCCUCCAUUCGAUAGUAGUGCAUGCAGUGGACAUUCUCUGAUCAUUUUUCACCUUCUGCGGCAUGCAGUUGCCUUCAUUAGCAUGAGAAGAACUAAAAAGAGAAGGGUCAUAUGAUUCUCCAGUCCAACCAUUGUUCCUAUAUCAAUUUUGUAUUAAAAUUAAUAGUCAGUGUCAAAAGCUUCUGAGUGUGCCUUCUCUACCGUACCUUUUCUCACAUAUUGCUGAUAUUUUGGUUUGGCUAGAGUUUGUUUCUACGCGUUUCUACUUCUUCCUUGUAUUGCUGUUUGGAUGGACUAUUUUUUGUAUUAAGUGGUCACUCACGAUGACUAUUUUACUAUAUUAUUCUUUAUAAAGGUCUAUUGGGCA